AUGUCUGCCGACAUCUACAGGGAUGUAAACGGCGUCUUUGUCGGAAAGCAUUUCCCAGAAGACGCGGUGCUGUCGGUGAUGGCUUACCAACCGCAGCCCGGAGACAUCUUUAUCGUCAGCUACCCCAAGUGCGGCACGACGUGGAUGCAGCACAUCGUCUACAACAUCCUCAUGGACGGCAGUCCUCCCCUGAACAAGCUGGACCCCGUCUUCCGAAUGCCGUUCCUGGAGCUUCAGGGUGCCGAUGCCGCCAGGCACGGGUUGAAGCCUGGCGCGCUCAAGACGCAUCUUCCCUUUGACAAGCACCCCUACUCUGAAGACGCAAAGUACAUCUACAUAACGCGUAACCCAUUCGACUGCUGCGUCUCGUUUUACCACCACACGAAACACUUUCCAAUGUACCAUUUCCAAGAUGGUACGUUUGACGAGUUCCUCGACAUGUUUCUUGCCAGGAAAGUGGAUUUCGGCGAUUACUUCGAGCAUCUGUUGUCUUGGUAUGACCACAAGGACGACGCGAACGUCCUCUUCUUAACGUACGAGGACCUUAAGAAAGACACCAGGAGCUGGCUGCACAGGAUUGCAGACUUCCUUGGUGAGGAUUACGGUAGCAAGCUUCGGGGAGACGACGGUCUUGUCGAGAAGGUUUUGAAGAUGGUUUCGCUCGAAGGUAUGAAGAAGACGGUCGACGCCAACUUUAAGUCGACCCCAGGAGCAGACGUUUCGCCGGAGGAAAUGGAGAAGGUUCCUCCCGAGCUUCAAAAAGGACUGCAGAACCUGCGGAAUUUCCUCGCGAAGCCCAUGACAGGAGACUUUGUACGUAAGGGUGUGGUUGGGGACUGGAAGAAUCAUUUUUCUCGCGACCAACUGCUCCGAAUAAAGAAAUACAUUGACGAUAAUACCAAGGGUACCGACGUCAUGAAUUUGUGGAAGGACAUGGUCAUUGAGUAA